AUAAUGCCUAUCUUUCUCUCUUUGGCCCACCUCUCAUCCGAAGACAAAGAUGAAGCCGUCGUGACCGCCAUCUCCUCUCAUCUUCCACAAGGGACGAAUAGUCGAUCUUAUCCUUUUUCGAUAAAAUCGACAAACCUUGCGCCAUCAUCAUAUCCAUGUAAAAGCCACGCCUCCGGCCUUAUCCAAAGAGAAAGAACAUUCGCAAAGGAAGAUUGUAGGAAAGCUUCUCGAAGCCCACAAAAGAUGAAUUCAGUCGAAGAAGACAAGCUCAAUUCGGCCGAAGUAAAGAUUCCAAGGUAUAAAUUAUACAUUGAACUGGGUAUAAUAUAAUACCCAAGGUUUUAGAAUACGCGGUCCGACCGGCGGUCCAACCGGUCCGACCGCGAAACGGUUUGGUGAGCGGUCCGGGUUUUACCUUCAAAACGGUCACCUUU